AUGGACGUCUUUGAUGUGCAGAAGUUUAUAUCAGACAUGGAUAUUAACUGGACGCCGGUGAUUGCAGCCACAGUUUGCGGUGCAGGUGCAUUAUAUCUCCUCUCGAGAUGGAGAUUUAAUCAGAAGAUUCAGAAGAAAAUACUAAACGCACGGAAAAGACGAGAUAAAUCACUUCAACAGGCUGAGCAAGCAGUGCAACUAUUUAAAACGCAGAACCCAGACUUUGAAAGCAGCUCUAUAGUGUCUCUGUCUUUGCCUGAGCUCACUGGGAAACUCAAGGACGGCUCCCUGCAGCCAGACGCUGUGCUUUAUGCCUUUAUGGAAAAGGCUCUGGAGGUGAACAAGAAUCUGAACUGCAGCACUGAGAUCUUAAUGAAGUCUGUGGCGCAGCUUAAAGACAUCAACACUCAAAAGAAAGGUCUUCUGUAUGGAGUGCCCAUCAGCAUCAAGGACAAUGUCGCAUAUGAGGGUCGUGACACUUCCUGUGGUGUGGUGAGUAAGUUGGAUGAGCCUGCGCUCGUGGACAGUGUGGUGGUAAAGGUGCUAAAGAAGCAGGGCGCGAUCCCGUUCAUCAAGACCAACAUACCACAAGGUCUUCUCAAUUAUGACUGCAGUAACCCCAUUUACGGGCAAACCUUGAACCCCUGCAACCUUCAGAAGACUUCUGGUGGUUCAUCCGGAGGGGAGGGAGCUCUGAUUGGAGGAGGCGGCUCCAUCCUGGGCCUAGGCACUGACAUUGGUGGGAGCAUUCGUAUCCCAGCAUCCUUCUGUGGGAUUUGUGGAUUCAAGCCCACAACAAUGAGGCUAAGUGUUCAAGGAAUCAGUUCAUGCGUCAAAGGCCAAAAGUCAGUGUUGUCCUCUCUUGGUCCUUUGGGAAGGGACGUCGAGAGCUUGGCACUGUGUAUGCGGGCGCUGCUUUGUCAGGACAUGUUCUCCUUGGACCCCACCGUCCCUCCCAUACCAUUUAACCAAGAGGUGUAUGAGAGCUCAGAGCCCCUGAGGAUUGGUUAUUAUGAGAACGACGGGUACCUGCAGCCGUCUCCAAGCAUGGCCAGGGCCUUCAGGGAGACCAAGGACCUGCUGGAGAGAGCAGGGCACACGCUGGUUCCAUUCCAACCCCUCCGGCUCUACCAUGCCUUACAUGAGUUGACUAUGAGAGGAAUCUUGGGUGAUGGAGGUCGUACCCUCUUCAGUCAUCUGCAGGCAGGCCCCAUUGACCCAUGUCUCCGUGAUCAGACAAAUAUUUUGAGCAUUCCAGGCUUCAUAAAGAAGCUCAUUUCUAUUGUUCUCAAGCCUUUUUAUCCACGGUUAUCUGCAAACAUGGAUGGAAGUCUUGGAGUUGGGUCUGUGGCAGAAUUGUGGAGACAACAUGCAAAUAUUGAGGAAUACAUUCAGGAGGUGAUAGCAGAGUGGAGGAGACUGAAUGUGGAUGUUUUGUUGUGUCCCAUGCUUGGACCAGCCUACAAUUUCCGUUACUGCGGGAGUCUCAACAGUGCUCUCAGUUACACCAUCCUGUAUAACCUGCUGAACUUCCCUGCCGGGGCCGUGACCGUGUCUACAGUGACAGAGGAGGACGAGGCACAGCUCCGUCACUACAGGGGUGUCCAUGGGGACAUGUGGGACAGACUCUUUGUUAAGGCGGUGAAGGGUGGCGUUGGUCUCCCUGUGGCAGUGCAGUGUGUGUCUCUGCCGUGGCAGGAUGAGAUGUGUCUGCGCUUUAUGAGAGAGGUGGAACAGCUCACAGCCAAGAGCAAACUCACCAGGAAACAUUAAUGACAAAAAUUCUGCUGCAUAUGUUUGUGGGCUGCUAACGGUUCAGUCUCGGGUGAGUCAUGAGCAGACCUGCACUGAGUCUGUAACCGCAGAAACAUCCACAGAUGUUCUAGGUAACGCAAAAAUCCUGUAAGUGGUUCAUCAAAAGCUUUAGCUGAUAUGAUGAUGCUUCAGCUAAGAACAACUCUGGUUCUCUUGACUCUGUAUGAUGCAGUUUUACCAUUGUACAUUUUAAUAAUGUUUACUAAUGACUGUCACUGUGAUUGUGUGUUAAGGUUUUGGAAGGAAUAAUGGUACUUUAAUAUUAAUUUACUUAUUUUUUCAAUGUUAAAAUACUUUCUUUUUUCAGAUUAAUAUUCUGAAAUUAUUAUAAGUAAGCCAAGUUAGUUUGUCAACCAGUGGCAGGUGGGAAGAAUCUUUGUGAAAUCAGGUUUUAUUUUUCACAGUAACGUUUGGAGAAGAUAGUGCUGCUGAAAUUGCACACCUUAAAUAAGUAACAAGAAACUCUAAAUCAUUUCUCACAAUGUUUAAUGAAACAUGACUAUUUGCACUGAGUUUAGAAGCAAUGCCGCUUCAUCAAAACUGAAUGAGGAUUGGAAUGUAUCUCUUCAUUUCUGUAUCAUUUUGUAUAAUUUAAUACCACACAAAUGCAUUAAAGUAAAAAUGAAUCAGAGCUGUA